AUGGAGAAAUCCCAGGUGUCAGUGUCAUUCAUGGAUGUGGCUGUGGACUUCACCCAGGAGGAGUGGCAGCAACUGGAUGCUGAUGAAAAGAUAACAUACAAGGAUGUGAUGCUGGAGAACUACAGCAACCUCAUUUGGUACGAUAUUACCAAACCAGAUGUGAUCAUCAAGUUGGAGCAAGGAGAAGAGCCAUGGAUAGUAGAAGGUGAAUUCCCAUGUCAGAGCUGUCCAGAAGAAGUCUGGAAAGGUGGUGACUUGAUAGAGAGAUUCCAAGAAAAUGAAGACAAACAUUCAAGUCAAGCUCUAUUUCUCAACAGCAAAACCCUGAUUGAAGAAGGAGAGAAUGCAUCUGCCAAAACUUAUAAUGUGGAACCAAACUUUGUUACUUCAAGCAUAAUAACUCAUAAUUGUGUUUCAUGUGGAAAGAGUUUAGAAUCUAUUUCAGAGUUAAUUAUUAGUGAUGGAAGCUAUGCAAGAAAGCAACCUGAUGAAUGUGUUGAAUGUGAGAAAACACAUCAUGGAGAGAAACCCUAUGAAUUUAUUCAAAAUGGGGAAGGCUAUUCACAAAAUGAUGAAAGUAUUCUUGAGAAAAUUACUAUUUUAGAGGAACCCUUUGAAUAUAAUAAAUGCAUGGAAACCUUUGAAAAUGAAGCUGUUUUCAUUACUCAUAAAAGAGCUUAUAUGGGGGAAAAGCACUAUGAGUGGAAUGAUUCUGGACCAGACUUCAUCCAAAUGUCAAAUUUCAGUGUAUAUCAGAGAUCACAAGUGGACAUGAAGCCCUAUGAAUGCAGUGAAUGUGGAAAAUCCUUCUGUAAAAAGUCAAAAUUCAUUAUACAUCAGAGGGCUCAUACAGGGGAGAAACCUUACGAAUGUAAUGUAUGUGGGAAAUCCUUCAGCCAAAAGGGAACCCUCACUGUACAUCAGAGAUCACACUUAGAAGAGAAGCCUUAUAAGUGUAAUGAAUGUGGGAAAACCUUCUGUCAGAAGUUACAUCUCACUCAACAUCAGAGAACUCAUUCAGGAGAGAAACCCUAUGAAUGUAGUGAAUGUGGAAAAACUUUUCGCCAAAAGACACAUCUCACCCUACACCAGAGAAAUCAUUCAGGAGAAAGGCCCUACCCAUGUAAUGAAUGUGGGAAAUCCUUCUCCUGUAAGUCAGCCUUCAGUGACCAUCAGAGAACACACAUGGGAGAGAAACUUCAUAAAUGUAAUGAUUGUGGGAAAUCUUACUACCGGAAAUCUACCCUUAUUACACAUCAGAGAACACAUACAGGAGAGAAACCUUAUCAAUGUAGUGAAUGUGGAAAAUUCUUUUCUUGGGUAUCAUACCUCACUAUACAUUAUAGAAGUCAUUUAGAAGAGAAACCCUAUGAAUGUAAUGAAUGUGGCAAAACCUUCAAUUUAAAUUCAGCCUUCAUCAGACAUCGGAAAUUACACACAGAAGAGAAGUCCCAUGAAUGCAGUGAAUGUGGAAAUUUCUCUCAAUUUUCAUAUCUCACUAAUCAUCAAACAACUGACUUAGGAGAGAAACCCUAUGAAUGUACUGAAUGUGGGAAAACCUUCCUUGAAAAUUCAGGCUUCGGUGGACAUCAGUCACUUCCAAAAGCAGAGAAAUCCUAUGAAUGUAAUAUAUGUGGAAAAUUAUUCUCUGAGUUGUCGUACUACACUCUACAUUACAGAAGUCAUUCCGAAGAGAAACCAUAUGAAUGUAAUGAAUGUGGGAAAACCUUCUCCCAUAAUUCAUCCCUGUUUAGACAUCAGAGAGUACACACAGGAGAGAAACCCUAUGAAUGUAAUGAGUGUGGAAAAGUCUUUUCUCAGAAGUCAUAUCUCACUGUACGUUAUAGAACUCAUUCAGGAGAGAAACCUUAUGAAUGUAAUGAAUGUGGGAAAAAAUUCCAUCAUGGGUCAGCCUUCAGUAGCCAUCAGAGAAUUCAUAGAAGAGGGAAUAUGAAUGUAUUAGAUGUGGAGAGUCUCCUCUGA